AUGCUUUCUUCAAGAUCACUUACUAGAGCUAUCCGUCCGUUUUCUUUUCUUCAAAGAAGAUUGCUUAGUCUACAGACGGUGCAAACUCCCAAUGAAGACGCUCUGAAAUUUGUUGCCAAGGAUGCAAAGUUCCUUCCAGAAGGCCUUACUAGUGCCGUUGAAGUUGAUUCGUUGGCUGAUGCAGACGAACGAUCACUUAUGGCUACGCAACUAUUCAAAAUUAAUGGAGUUAAAUCGAUUAUGAUUGGUCCAGAUUUUAUCACGGUGAGCAAAAUUGAUAAAUCGCUCUCCAACAACAAAGAGCUUGAGUGGAACUCUCUAUCGCCCAGAAUUAUCAGCACAAUAACAGACUUUGUCAGAUCAAAGAUCCCUGCAAUAAACAAAGAUUACAAAAACAAGCUUCAGAAAGAGUUGGACGAAGCGCAAGAUGAAGAUGAUGACGUUGUGUACGAAAUCAAAGAGGUAAUCAGCACCAGAAUCAAGCCUGCGUUGCAGGAUGAUGGUGGUGAUAUCCAUUUUAGGUCGUUUGAUGAGGACUCCGGUACCGUGUAUAUCAAGCUUCAGGGAGCUUGCAAGUCCUGCUCGUUGAGUGAAGACACUUUGCGGAAUGGUAUAGAGAGUAUGCUCACUCAUUACAUACCAGAAGUGCAAUCUGUGAAGCCCGUUCUUGACCCUGAAGAGGAAAUUGCUAUUCAGGAGUUCGAGAGGCUGGAGAGAAGGCUGAAGCAGAGACAUCUCUAA